CUCGUGCCCGGGCACCAGCGCGCGCGGGGGCAGCGCAGCGCCGGAAUGGAGGAGGAGCAGGCGUUGGAGACGGAUGGCUUGCUCCCUCUGGAGAGGCAGCUCCACGAGGCCGCCCGCCGGAACAACAUCGGGAGGAUGCAGGAGCUGAUCGGGAGGAGGGUUAACAUCAGGGCCAGAAGCCACGUAGGCAGGGUGGCCCUGCACUGGGCUGCAGGUGCAGGGCAUGAGCAGGCAGUGCGGCUGCUCCUGGACCACGAGGCUGCUGUGGACGAAGAGGAUAUGUUUGGGAUGAAUGCGCUUCUCCUGUCUGCCUGGUUUGGCCACUUGCGGAUCCUCCAGAUUCUGGUCAGUUCCGGGGCCAAGAUCCACUGUGAGAACAAGGAUGGCCUGACCUUACUGCACUGUGCAGCCCAAAAAGGCCACGUGCCAGUGUUGGAGUUCAUAAUGGAGGACCUGGAGGAUGUGAACCUGGACCACACAGACAAGCUGGGAAGGACUGCAUUUCACAGGGCAGCUGAGCAUGGGCAGCUGGAUGCUCUGGACUUCCUCAUGGGCUCUGGCUGUGACCACAGUGUCAAAGACAAGGAGGGGAACACAGCUCUUCACCUGGCUGCUGGCCGGGGCCACGUGGCUGUGCUGCAGCAACUGGUGGACAUCGGGCUGGAGCUGGAGGAGCAGAAUGCAGAAGGCCUGACCGCCCUCCACGCGGCUGCUGAAGGGACCCACCUUGACUGUGUUCAGCUCCUCCUCAGGGCUGGGAGCGACGUGAAUGCCCUCACCCAGAAAAAGCUGAGCUGUCUCCACUAUGCGGUCCUCGGUGGCUCUGAGGACCUGUGUCGGGCCCUCAUCCUCGCAGGCGGCUGCACCAACGUGGCGAAUCAUCAGGGCACUUCUCCUCUGCACCUUGCUGUGAGGCACAACUUUCCUGCCUUGGUCCAGCUCUUCAUCAAUGCCCGCAGUGACUUGGAUGCCACUGACAAUAGGCAGCAGACACCCCUUCACUUGGCCGCCGAGCAUGCCUGGCAGGACAUAGCAGAGAUGCUGCUUGUGGCCGGGGUGGAUUUAACCCUGAGGGAUAAGCAAGGAAAAAGUGUCCUGGCAGUGGCCGCCCGCAGCAACCAUGUCAGCCUGGUGGACAUGAUCAUAAAAGCUGACCGUUUCUACAGGUGGGAGAAGGACCACCUUUCAUGCAGGGACCCCUCUGGGAAGAGCUUGACCUUUAAGCAGGACCAUCGGCAGGAAACACAGCACCUCCGCUCUGUGCUGUGGCAACUGGCCUCCAACUAUCUGCGGCCCCAUGAAUGGAAGAAGCUCGCGUAUUACUGGGAGUUCACUGAGACCCAUGUUUAUGCCAUUGAGCAACAGUGGACAGGCACCCGGAGCUACCAGGAGCAUGGCCACCGGAUGCUACUCAUUUGGCUGCACGGUGUGGCCACAGCUGGGGAGAACCCCAGCAAAGCGCUGUUCGAGGGCCUAGUGACCAUUGGCAGAAGGGACCUGGCUGAGAGCAUCAGGAAGAAAGUAAAUGCGGAGCCAGCUGCCCCCAGGAGGUGCACAGCCAUGUGACUGGAAAAGUCUAGACCUUCAGGCAUAUGGGACCUUGGAGUCAGGGACAUCCUGGACAGAAGAUGACCACCAUUUAAGGGCUUUAAAAAAAAAUCACUGUUAACUAACUAACUCUGCGUAGUCAUGCAGAGACCAGUAGGCAAAUAUUUGCACAGUAAUCUUCUCUACAAGGACUAGUCCAGGGCCUGUUGUGGGUUUUGUGGGUAACCUCACUUCACUUUCACCUCCAUCAUCUUGAGCCUCAUAGCCAUCCCUGGAAGCAAGGGGCAUCUUUACAGGUAGGACACUCAGGCUCAGGGAGGAGAAGCAGCUUGUCCAGGUUGAACUGCUAAUUGGGUGGCGGGGUCAGGUGCUAUAGUCAGCAUUCCUCCCACUAUGAUCUGAGGAGUGGGCUCUGUGCAUCACUUACAAGGGGACUGCCCUUAACCCACCCACUGGAUUUAAAGAAUUCGAUGCUUGGGGCGGCACCUGUGACUCAAAGGAGUAGGGCACUGGGCCCAUAUACCGGAGGUGGUGGGUUCAAACCCAGCCCCGGCCAAAAAAAAAAAAAAAAAACCUGCAAAAAAAAAAAAUAAUAAUUCCAUGCUUACUCCAUAAACCUUUUAUUUACAAGCUUAUCUGUACACUUUGACAGUUCCAGGAGGUACACACUCUCAUUUUUCCCUUGUUUUAUAAUUUUUAAGUUAAACUUUUUAUUUUGAAAUCAUUUCAGACAUACAAAAAAAUUGCAGCAACAUCACGAAGCAUUUUCAAACAUGUAGUACUCUUCACAUAGCUUCCCUAAAUAUUAACAUCUUAUGUAACUAAAGUAUAAGUUAUUUAUUUUUUUUGAGUCAGGGUCUUACUCUGUCAUUCUGGGUAGAGUGCUAUGACAUCAUAGCUCACAGCAACCUCAAACGCUUGGGCUCAAGUGAUAUUCUUGCCUCAGUCUCCCAAGUAGCUGAGACUAUAGGUGCCCAGCACAACCCCCAGCCAGUUUUUUAUUUUUAGUAAAGGUAGGGUCUCGAUCUUGCUGAGGCUAGUCUUGAACUCCUGAGCUCAAGCAAUCCACCCAGCUUGCCCUCCCAGAGUGCUAGGAUUACAGGCCACCUAGCAUAUAAUUAUAUGAUCCUACAUAUAAUUUUCAAACCCAGGAAAUUGUCCUACUGAUACCAUUAACUAAUCUUCAGAUCUUAUUCAAAUUUUAUCACUUGAGCUAUCCAUGUCCUUUUUUUAGAACCAGAUCCAGUCCAAGAUCAAAAUUGCGUCUAUUGUCAUGUUUCUCUUUCUUGUUUUUUUUUGAGACAGAGUCUUACUGGAUAGAGUACUGUGGCAUCAUUGUAGCUCACAGUAUCCACAAACUCCUGGGCUUAAGCCAUCCUUCUACCUCAGCCUCCCGAGUAGCUGAGAUUAUAGGCACCUAACACAACACCUGGUUAAUUUUUCUACUUUUAGUAGAGACAGGGUCUUGCUAUUGCUCAGUCUGGUUUUGAACUCCUGAGCUCAAGUGAUUCACUGGCUCCAGCCUCUCAGAGUGCUAGGAUAACAGGCAUGAGCCACCGUGUGGGCCACUGUGUCCGGCCCAUUUUUCUCAUUUUCAAAAGCCCUGUACGAAGGGACACCUCUCUGGAGCAGCACCAUCCCAUAGAGCUCGCUGUACCAGUGGGAGCUUUCCAUUUUCUGCACUGUCCAGUAGAGUAGCCAUUAGCCACCUACAGCUAGUGAGCAUUUGAAAUGUGGCUAGAGGGACUGAGAAACUAAAAUUUAAUUUUAUUAAAUCUUAUUUUAAAUUUCAGUUGGCAUCUGUGGCAAGUGGCAAUUGCAUUGGAUGGCGCUUGGCUUUUAGUGCCAGGCAAGCACAGCUUAUUGUGGGGCUCGUCCAUAUUAGCAGGAGGCUGUAUUUCCAGGGAAAUGUGACUCUGGAAGCUUCAUGGUUUCCCAGAAUGUGGGGAAUGUACUGGAGAUGCAGGAUAGCCUAGAAGUUCUGUCUGGACACUUUCUAAAUUGAGCUUUCCUGCAUGUGGCCCAUUUAGGAGCCCACAUCUUAGAAAAGCUCCCCUCAAAGCUCUCCACUGGGCCUGAGACUAGAAUUCCUGAGGUGGAAUUAAAACUGUAAGAGAGGGCUGGGCAUAGUGGCUCACACCUGUAAUCCCAGCUCUAAAAAAUAGCCAAGUGUUGUGGGUGCCUGUAGUCCCAGCUACUUGGGAGGCUGAGGCAAGAGGAUCACUUGAGCCCAAGAGUUUGAGGUUGCUGUGAGCUAUGACACCAUAGCACUCUACCAAGGGCAAGAAAGUGAGACUUCCUUGGCAAAAAAAAUACCAAUCAAACCAAUAAAUUAAAAAAAAAAAAAAACUGUUAGAGCUCUAUGGGGCUUUGGCUGUUGUACAUGGCUGAUGGGGUUCACAGUGGUACAGUCUUUGAAAGGCAGUCUGAAAUUAUCUAUCCAAAUUACAAAUAUCUUUACCAUGGUCAAUCAAUCUCACUUUUAGAAAUUUAUCCUACAGAUAAACCUGUGCAUGUACAAAAUGACAGAUAUGUGAGGUUAUUAUUAUCACAUUAUUUGAAAAAACAAACGAUAGGAAAAGAUUAUAAGUAAACAAAGUGACCAUCUACAAAGGACUGGUGAGAUAUAGUCCAUCCAUACUGCAGUGAAAAAAAGAAGGAAGGUUCUUUCUACGUAUCGUUAUGGAAAGAGCUCCAGGAUAAAAUAAGUAUCAAAAAAAUCAAGAUAUUGAUCAAUAUAUGUGGUAUGCUAUUAAUUGUGUAAGAAGAAAAGGAAAUAAGAUCUAUAUUUGCCUAUAUUUGUAUAAAUAAAGCUCGAUAAAGGCCAAAAAGCUAAGUGGUUUCCCUGGGUAAGGAGGAUAGUGGGGAGCAGUUGGACUGGAUGGGGCAGGGAGAGAGUUCUUAGUAGGACGUUUUUUUUUUUGUUUUUUUUUAAUUUUGGAGACAGUCUCACUUUUUCACUCUUAGUAGAGUGCCGUGGCCUCAUAGCUCACAGCAACCUCAAACUUCUUAGGCUCAAGCAAUCCUCUUGUCUCAGCCUCCUGAGUAGCUGGGACCACAGGCACUUGCUACAACGCUUGGCUAUUUUUUCUAUU